AUGGCGGUAGGAGAACUACUCGGUGGUGCUGGCAUCGGUGCCGCCGACAAGAAGCUGGCCAAUAAUAACAACGGGUACUUCGACUCUCUCGAUGACGCUCUUGGUGUUGUCAAUAUUGGCGAGGUGGCGAAGCAGGUCCAGGCUCAGACUGGCCGGGCUUUCUCGGAUUUGCGAAGGGAAGACACUGUCUGA